AUGUCUCAACACGUGAGCAGGACCGGCAGUCGUGUUGACCAGUUAACAGAGGUUCCAAUACCGUCGCUGCAGCUCCAGCCUACUAGUCACCUCUCUUCUUGUGAGGACAUGGACACCGACGUCCCGGUGAGGGGGCCUGAAGUAGAGGAGAGAAUGUCUGCGGAGGGCCAGGCCUCUACAGCCACCAACGUCAUCGCCACGGCAGGUACGGCGGAAGGCAGCGCCCCAGCCUCUUCGCAGCGGCGUCCUGGGGCGUCCAACGAAGACAAGAACUUGCAACUGCUGCUGGCCCAGCGCAGGAGGAGCCUCGAGAAACAAGCCUCUCAGCAGCAGCCUACAGGCAUCGGCCCCAGGAAAAGCAGCAAGAGGGCCAAAGAGAACACUCCUCGGCUACGUUCGAAGGGUGCCAGCCUCCUGCUGGCGAGGGAGCUGCAACACAAACGAAGGCAGGCAGGACAGUUGACCGGACUGAGCGAGCAGUACACCGACAAGGACAGAGCGGCAGCCGUCACCAUGGGCGACCAAGACAUCAAAACAUCACUCAAGGUGAAGAGGCGAGGUGAGAGGCGAGCUGCCCUACCGGAGGACCUCGACUGGACCGUUUACCUGACAGAGGCGCACAAGAAUAUCACCACGGGCCACGUCGAGACUGCGCUCAAGUGUGCUCAGAAAGCAGUGGCGUGCGGAGGUCGUGACCCAGGGGCGCUCACGACGCGCGGCCGCUGCUACCUGCUGCUGGGGCGGCUUCAAGAGGCCAUGCAGGACGCUCAGGAGGCGCUGCAAGCUGAUCCUACCAUGGUCAAAGCCGUCCUGGUGCAGGCCGAGGCGCUGUACGGCAUGGCGGAGUUCGAGCGCGCGCUGGUGCUGUACGAGCGCGGUGCCCGCGCUCGACCUGACAUGCUGCAGUUCUGCAGGGGCGGCCACCAGUGUCGCGAGGCCAUCCUCAACGUCAUUGGAGGCCGAGUAUUUCCAGAAGCGGUAGAGGAAGAGCAAGAACAAGGGGUGGUUGAUCAGCAACGGCAAGCGGUUGUCUUCACUGCGACGCCUGCGGGCUCGGAACCGUUCGUGUCCGAGAGCAGAAAUCGCAAGGGAAUCGCUUCCGAGAGCCGCUAUUCUAAUUCCAGCCGAGGGUUUGGGUCCAGGAGCUCGCGAGGGAACGACUCGAACAAACCACGUCUCCUCAUUCCUGAGGUCCAGACGAGUAAACUGGCUUCUAAGCGGUUGCUGGGAGGGUUGAGCUGCGACAAGGAGUUCCUUGCUUCGCUGCUGAACAGGCGCGGCCUCACCAGAAGCGUCGUCGCUACCGUGCCUGAAGAGACAAAUAAAUCUCGCAAUCACAGCCGCAGGAAGGAUGACAGCAGAAGUCGUCGCGGUGACCGCGACUCUGAUGAAGAGGCAGCUGCGCGCCGUGCCUCCCUGGGCAGCUCUGGCGCACUCGUCGCCGCCCAGGCUAAGCAGGCGCUCGACUCCCUCCAGUACCUGGAGGCAUUCUUAUGGCAGCGUAACCCCGCGGGGGUGUCCCGUACGGGUGAGGGGAUGAGCGUGGGUGUGGGCAAGUCACGGGGGCUGAAGAGGUCCGUGGUGUCACGGGGCCGCGGGAUGCGUAGGCCGCGGUCCGAGCAAGCGAGGCAGAGGGCGGCCCUCGUCAAGAGGGUCUCGGCGGUACUCAGGAAGCUCGAGACCCUCGAUGGACGUAAAUGGGCGGGGGCUCUGAGGGAGGGGGAGAUGCUGGUGGGGGAGGUGCGCGAGGGGGGAGGAGUGGGGGGCGAUCCACAGCUUGCAGCAGUUUUUUGCAGGCUGCUGGUGGGCGUGGGAGCAGCGCUGCCUCGCGCAGGACGAUCAGAGGACGCUCUGGCGCUGCUAACUGACGCCGCGCAUAUCGCGCACGCUAGAGACUUGCCUGAAGACGAGCAGCUGGCCAGCGAGUGGCAGGGUCGCGUGUUGGCCAACCGAGGGCAGCACGAGGAGGCGGUGACGGUGUGGCAGAUGUGCCUCAGCCGCGCCUCCACCCACCAGCGGCCGACUCUCUUCCUACUGCUCGCUAGGGGGUACCUCGCAAUGAUCGAAACUGAAAAAGCAAAGCAGUUCUGCAGGAUGUGCGUUAGCGAAGCUAAUGCCGAGGCUUCGAUCUCGUCAGCCGCUGGCAACGAACAAACCACGCAAGCAACAGCCAGUGGGAACGAUGACGUUCCUUUCCAGGAAUCUGAACUAGACAACAUCGAUGACUGGCCGAGGGGCGAUGGUUCAGAAAAGUCUCGGGACGAGCUCGCCAGCUCUGGCACGCGACGCAAGGAUCUCGAGCGCCGCGGUAACUCCGAGACCGCAUUGACAGCUCUGCUCACGCUCGCUGGCAUUGAGGCGGACAGCGGCGACACAGCGCAGGCCUUGGCCACUCUUGAGGAAGCAAGGCCACACUUGGCCUUCUGUCCAUCACUGCUGCCUCAGUUCACGUCACUCAGGCAAAACCUGCUCAAGGAGAAGGAAAUCAAGCUGAAAAAACUCAAUGGAAAUAUCACCCUUGAUCAUGGAACAGUUAACGAUCUGGAAACUUUGAAAAGUUCAAAUGAAGAACGUGAUGUGGGGAAAACUCCUAAUUAUGCAGAGAAGGAUCAGAAAGAAAUUUCGUUAACUUCCUAGAUUAUUCGUUCGUGGUUCGAAUAAAAAAGGCCGUGAGGCUAGAAACUUUCAAAGAUAAAAAUGCUGAAUAAUCUGCGAUGUUGAAGCUUCAAAGAGGUUUUUGUAAAGGACUUAUGUUUUAUAUGCAUGGUUAUGAUUGAGGUCAAAAUAUACAAACUACUGCGACUUUGUUAUUAUAUAGUUGAACCUUCGUUUUAAAAAUCACGAUCCUCGACAUCACUCAUGAUUUUAGUGACAAUUUUCGGCAUAAUCGAAUGUAAGGAAGGAUGUAUGGAAUGUAAGGAUGUAUAUUAUAGUAUAUAUUAUAUUCCAGGUAAAGUGAACUUCCAUAGUAUCUUUCAUUGACUGUCCACAUUGCGACUGAAUCCAGAAUAACAGACAAUUAAAUGAAACUUGGAACAUUUUAUUUUAUUUAAAAAACUUAAAAGUAUUUCAGGCGGGAGUUAAAGAUUUAGACGUACCAAUUAAUUAAUAAUGGAUUCAACCUUGUUGAGCGGUUCAAAUGGCGCCAAUGUCAAGACAUAAUUUAAAUAAUUUUAUAUUAUGUUGCGUAGAGUUCAACUCGAAUAUAGAUUAAUUUCUUUCCUAAGGAAUUCUGAGAUUCUUUUUUAUGAGUUACAAAAACCUUGACAUUUCUACCUGUUUUCAUGAUAACAAUAAUUUUGUAAUGUUUUUUUUUGCAUUUUGUGAACGAAUUUGGUCACAAGUUCCAAAUUUAAAUUGCCUUAACUUAAUAAAUGAUCGACAUUAAAAAUUGCUUCUUUUCAACGCGAGUAAAACUUGGCUCAUGGUAACUUUUUUCUACCGAAAAUAUUUUUACAAUCGAGAAAAAAUUAUUGAUCAGCGUCUCUUGGGAUGAUUUUCAAUUUGAACAAUGACUCUUUGUGAAUAUAAACUGAUUCUCAACGUUGACGCUGAAAUAAUUAAUCUAUUAUUACUUGCACAAAGAUUUCGCACUAAUUUCAGCCUAUAACAUUGAGUUAAAUGUACCGUAAAACUCUUACUUGCUAUGAAUCAACACCCUAGUAUCAGUAAUACACUUAAAAUUUCAUUUACUUCUUUCAUACUCACAUCGACACAGCGCAACGAGAAUCUUAUCGCAGUUUUUGAAAACUUUUCUUGAGAAGAAGCGUCGAUUUUUUCCAACGGCUGGCAAGUAAGAAGGUAUGGAAGACCGAUGAAGUUUCAUGGAAAUAUCGGAGAGAAGAGUUUGGAAUUACACAAAGUUUGGAUCAUUUUUCAAGACGCCGUUCAUUGCUCCCUCUUGGCUGGCAGAAACUCUUGCCCUCCACAGAAUCGCUAUCAUUGUUCCAACGACGACUUCAACGCACGAAAUUCCAGUCGGGCUUCAAUAUCGGAGGCUCAAACUUGGAAAUUGACGUGCCGCUGAGAUAGAAAGCUUCUUGCCACUCGCCUACAUGCCGUGCUCUAACGGUGCUCACUACGAAACUUGUCUGCAAACUCUUCCUAUCACAUCUUCAAGUAUUCUGAAGUAUUAUUUCAUGUUACAUUUCUUAAAUAAAUAUUUGCAUUGAAUAUCCAUGACCACU